CGCGCGGUUUGUCAUGCCAGCAGUGGUUUUGCCGACUCGCCACUGUAUAGCAGCAACGAACACGACGACGUCGACAAAAAAAUCGCCAUCCACCGCCGCCGUUACUAUUGCUGCUGCUGCUGCUGCUGCUGCGGGUAACAAUAUUACGACGACGACUACGCUCUACUGGUUGCCUGUAGUGGAUAGCCCGGCGUGUUGUUUUUGCUGUUAUUGCGGCGGUCGGCUGUUCGUCGUCGGCGGUGUCCCGACCACCGGACGUGUUAAUAGCGUUUGUAGCGGUAGUCCUCCGUUGAAUCGUUUCGACGCGUGUUCGCAGCCGCCCCCGUCGCGUAAUAAUUUCGGUAGGCUCUGCCGGUGUGACGGUGCCGUCGUCGCCGCCACCACCGCCGCCGUCGUGCUAUUGGUGCCGUAUGUGCUUGGGCCGCCGUGCUUUCGACCGAUCGUACUGCCGCCCACGUUCGUCACCACCGCCAAUAACCUCAGGCAUCACCGCCGGAUACAUCACCAACACCUGUACAACACGGCCGUCGCCGGCAACAAUAUGGAAACUAGGUCAGUAUAUUUGGGUUUAGACGAAGAAUCGUAUGCUAGCAUUAAAGAUUCUGUUAAAGAGUUGUGGAAUCUAAUAGGACUGAAGGGCACCGGUGGCAGUGCUCUGGGUGGUGCGAGCAGCGCAUUAGUAGGCACCAGCGGCAAUCUAGGCGCGGCAGCAGCCGCUGCUGUGCUAAGCGGCGGUAGCAGUCGCGUGACGUCGUCAGGCGUUGAGCUCAGGGAGCUCAGGCGCCACAACUACAAGGCUUCCGUGUCGGUGCUAUCGCACCUGAACAAAGGCAACGCCGCUUCGCCAUACGUCAGCAUCGGAGGAGGACACCGACAACGGACCAGAGCCCACCGGGCCAUGAACAUGGGCCAGAAAAUAUCUAGUGGAGUUAAAACUGUUAGCCGCGAAAGUGCGCAACCGUACAAGCCCGUAGUACCCAGAGAGCUGGCCCAAGAUUUUGCCCGUCCGGCCAGAUUAGACAUACUAUUAGACAUGCCGCCUGCGUCCAAAGAAAUGCAAAUUAAACACGGCUGGAACGCGGACGAUAGGUCUCUAAACAUAUUUGUCAAGGAAGAAGACAAAUUGACAUUCCACAGGCAUCCGGUAGCCCAGAGUACUGAUUGUAUCCGAGGUAAGACUGGCUUGACCAAAGGUCUACACGUCUGGGAAGUAAAUUGGUCGACCAGGCAACGCGGCACGCACGCAGUGGUCGGCGUCGCGACACAAGAUGCACCUCUACACUCUGUCGGUUACCAGAGUUUGGUGGGAAGUAACGACCAGUCAUGGGGCUGGGAUUUAGGGCGUAACAAAUUAUACCAUGAUUCAAAAAGCUACGACGGCAUCACGUAUCCGGCCUUGCUCAAGCCCGACGAGACGUUUAUAGUGCCAGAUAAAUUUUUAGUUGUUUUGGAUAUGGACGAGGGUACACUGUCCUUUGUCGUAGACGGCCAGUAUUUAGGCGUAGCGUUUAGAGGCCUCAAGGGGCGGAAAUUAUUCCCAAUCGUCAGCGCUGUUUGGGGUCACUGUGAAAUUACGAUGAAAUACAUCGGUGGACUAGAUCCUGAACCCUUACCGCUGAUGGACCUAUGUAGACGAGUCAUUAGACAGCGAAUCGGUAAACAAUACCUAGAAGAACGCGUCAUGGACCUGAACCUGCCGCAGUCUCUAAGCGUUUACUUAUUAUACCGGGACAGGAGAUAACGGGGCCAAAAGCCACGCCGAAAAUAUUGAUCAACAGAUCUCAAACGUCGAUCCGAUUCCUCCCCUACUUAUCUGUCCUAUUCCCUGCCCUGUCGACUCAACACCAUCUCCUCACCCACCCACUAAUAACUCGUAUCUCCUCUACCUCAGGCCAGUAACCGCGACGUUCGCUAAACUAGUCUCCCCCCCUUCGUGAUUCCCUCGUUCAAGUUUCCCUUAAUAACAUCCUUACCCCACCCAUCCCAUGUAAAUAAUACUCGAUGCAAACACCCUAUCCCUAUCCCAUUUAAAUUACACAAACACGAAACUUUAAGUAACGACUGAUGUAUCAAGUGUCAAGAUAGUUUUUUUUAAUAUAUUAAUUAAUUUAAGGUUUAGGAAAAAAAAUUGAAAAUAAACUUUUGUACAAAGUCCAUAAAAUGCCUAUUCGGUAUUAUAAGAGAAAGAAAUUAAGCGCGCAACAUAAAUACCGCGUAUAAUUUUCAACUUGUGAAUUAUAUUUUUUUUUUUUUUUUUAUUAUUAUUAUUAUUAUUAUUAUUAAAAUUAAUUUCUAUCCUGGUUU